CAUGAAAGCGCUAGGAAAUUAAUGAGGGCAUAACAGUCGCCAAAAUGCCAGCAGAUAGGUUGCUGUCCACUCUCCUCCGCUCGUUACAAACCUACACGGAUCAGCAAGACACGCCUCGAAUCCUCUCGACGACCUCUUCACUCCUUACGACGCUCUCAAAUCCACAUAAUCUCAGUCUAUUAACAUCACAUCUCCUGACAGCGCCGGCACUCUGGGACCGACCCGAUGGUGUCCGGACGCCGCUUCGACUACUCUCCGUCUUUCAUUCCGCAGUUACCACAGUGCUGAAUUACCACAACGAUGUGCGCAAUUAUAAGGCACCAGAGCUGCUUCCCGGCCAAACUCCAACCGGUGGAGGUCUUUCAUUAGACGACUGGAUCCGUGCGGUAGUCGCAGGCGCAGAUGAAAGAAGUCAAAGGUGGAAACAUCUCAUCGUCCUCGGAGGCCUGUUGAUCGGGACUGGAAGUCUUGAGGAGCAGGGAAUGGAUCUAUAUUGGGCGUCCAGGAUGAGGAAGAGAGUGGAAGGAGCCCUGGUGAGGGCGACGAAUUUGGCGUUAGCCGAAGUGCGACAGCGCGGAGAGGCAGAUGGGCUUGGGGGUCAGACGAUUUGCCUGAUACUAAAUCACUCCUUUGGAUGUCUUGCCGAUACUGAAAGGGCGCUGAUCGAUCACGACUUGCUGCUACCAGUCCUUAUUGGUACAGCUUAUUUUUCAAAUGAGGGCUUUCAAUCGGCCUAUUUCUUAGGGGGGUUGGAUUUGGAUGUGAAAGUUAAAGAGAAAAAGUUGGGUUGGACGGCGCGCUCGAGCUCCUUUAGGCAGGUUGAGGCCAUCAUGGCCAGGCCGUUAGUCUCCUCGAUGGGCCCUCUAUCAAGGGUCAUCGCUCAUUCUGUCGAGAAUGUGAAGGACCCCUGGCUCAUACAGACGAUGAUGGAUGACCUAGCAAGCUUCUCUCGAGCGCUUAUGACGCAGUGGCGGCAAAUCAAAUUCUCCGAGAUCGACCCCGCUGAAGAAACUUCUUCUUUAGAGGAGGAAGCCUUGAACACGACACUGCCACUUCUCUGGAAGCUUCUCAAGGCUGCUCUGUUUGCUACCACUAUUAUUUUAAGGGGCGUGUUCAAUCGAAUGUUGGGUGAUGGAGCACUCGCAGCAGAUGCAAUCGCGCCUGUGCUUGCGACCCAGGCUCUAAAUACUCUCCGCCACCUCUACUUCAUAACAUCUCGUCUCGGUCCCGCUUCAUUCUCCCAGCAUACAUUCGUGUAUCUGACUGCCAUGGACGUUCUUUCUGGGUAUCCAAUCCACGCCGACAAAUUUCUCAAAUCAAUUGCCCCUCAGCAAUUAGGCCAAAUACCUCGACAUCCACUCGAUCGAAUCUUGGAUCUCUACUUCCUAAACACCGCCGAGCACUUCACCCUCGUCCUGUCGCCCAUAACUAAUGAAGACCUUCUCGUGGUAUCAGCUGUACCAUAUCUAGCAGCAGGAGGGAACCAUAACAUGCUCCCAAUUUUCGAGGCUGCCCACAGCGUCAUGCUUGCAGUCCUAUCGACACCUCAAUCUGCAGAAAUCACCGCAAAACAUCUACCAUUUUACAUUGACGCGCUGUUUAGCGUGUUCCCACAUAACCUUUCCCCAAGACAAUUUCGACUCGCAUUUAAAACGCUCAUGCGCGUCACUGCGCCUCCAUCUGCCCUCUCAGCUUCACACCCCGAUCUCCCAGCGACGUUAUUAGAACUCGUGUUCCACCGGGCUCUCAACGCACCCACCGCUCCCUUGCCCCCCGAUGAGACAACACUAGCAUUGCAAGGCUCAGAUGCACCGCCUCCACCUCUGUCUGAACAGGCUGUAUUGGCCCUUUCACUCAUCGAUGCUCUUCCUUUCCUCACUAUUCCACUCUUAGAAGAGUGGAUGCCGUUAUCCGCGGAAUUACUCAAUGCAAUCGACGACGAGAUCAUGCGAGAAGCAGUUAAGGCGAGAUUUUGGGAGGUGCUAGUUAGUGGGGAAAUGGAUCCUGAGCGGAGUGGAUCUGCGGUUGCGUGGUGGGGAACAAGAGGUGGGAGAGAACGGGUGCUUUAUGGGAGGGAGAUGGAAAGGGAAAGGUUGAAGAUGAUGAGCGGGGCGUUGCCAGUGGAGAGGACACCUAGGGAAAGCAAGUUGUAG